AUGUCGCGUGCUCAUGACCUUCCGACCGGGGAUGCCGUGGACGAGUUCUUUCAAGCGUUAGAGGCGCAGGCUGCCUUAACCCAACAGGGGAGAUGGAGGCUUUGCUACCGAGGGGACUUCUUGCUGAGUGGAAGAACAUUGCCGCUACCCAGAGUGUGCCUCGGCCAUGUGGCUCGGCCAUGGGUGCGCGAGCUCUUGCUCGCGAGCUUCCUAACACCAACUGCUCGUUUCCAGCCCAUCGCGUCCUUCAAUGUCUAUUCUUUAACGUGGACUUUCUUCCUCCACCCUGGAUCCUGUCACACGCCUAACCUUUUCGGCUGUCAAAACGCCUUGUACGGUGUGGAGCAGAAGGCUAAUGAGGAUCUGCGUGCCAUGCGUGCUGCCCUCCGACAGAAGGGAGCGCCCGAUGCGGCUGCGCAGGCUCAGCUGAAGGCUCGCCUUCGCAAACUUGCGGAUGUGGCCCUGCAACUGGGAACUGGAUCCUUGAAGGGGAUUGGCCUUUGCAUGGCUUCCGCUUCCUGUGAGGGGGCGCACUUCUGCUGGAGGCUUUCUGGUCGAAGGGACGCAGUUUCUGCAAUGGCUGUCGGCCGAGUUCGGCGUCAACAAACCUAUCUCUACACAACUCUGGGAGCGGAUGGCCUGGCAGCGUGA